AUGAAUACUGUGGGGCAGAUGGUACCUAUUCCACCGAUCCCUGUUGAUUACAUUGAGUACGAGAAUAAAAUAAAGAAUAUACCGCUGCAACUGACACCACAACGCCCAACUCUAAGUAGUGCGGAAUACGUUAAAUAUAUGCGCUCCCAACAGAUUCCUAUAAGGUUUACACCGUGUUUAACAGCAUACAUGUGGAAUCCAUAUGGGGUGGAUAUAAGAGAAGAAGAUGUAGAUCGUGCCAAGCAAUGGUAUAAGCGCACCAUUGAGCCUGUUUACAAAAUUCCUCAACAGCUAAUGACCUUCAUUGAGAUGAUACGAAAACAGCAGUUGUCAAGGAAAAAGAGAAGAAGAAUUCAACGGAACUCUCGGCCGCAAUUGGGUCAGCAACAGGAAGAGAGAAUAACACAGCCACAGGAAGAAAGAGGAAGAGAACAACAACAACAAGAAAGGAUAACAGAGCAACAACAACGAGAACAACAAGAAGAAGAAGAAAGGAUAACAGAGCAGCAGCAACAAGAACAAGAACAACAGCAGCAAGCGGACAUGCCACUGUUGUGGUGUGAAGAGGAUCAACUAUUUCUUUUUUCUUUGCAGGAAUGCCAACAACAAUACAAUCCACAAGAAUAUAUGUACUCCCCACCGCAAGAUAACAAUCAACUUCUGAUAAUGCCACAAGAGGGACAAUACGAAUUACAAAUGGAUCACAACAGCCAUCACGGAAACGCACCACAACCGAUAGCACACUCACAGCCACAAAAUAGCAUGUUCACAUCCCAACAUGAUGUGUACCAGUACAAUCUACAACUGUUCAUGUAUCACCAGCAACAAAUUCAUCCGAUGCGCCAUUGGUAUCCCUAUACAUAUCAGCAGUAA